ACGGCUUGGGACUUAAUGCUGACGAAGCAAAUCUGGCAGCGCCAGGAUGGUGCUGCUGGAAAGUGAGCAGUUCCUGACGGAGCUGACCAGGCUCUUCCAGAAGUGCCGGUUGUCGGGCAGCGUGCUCAUCACCCUGAAGAAUUGUAAGCAGCUGUGGAUGCAGCAAGGCCGGAAGGGAGCUGGGAGGCCGAGCGAUGCCCCGGCCCGGGUGCCCAGUGACUGGGAGCCACAGGCAGAGUCUGUCUGCCGCGCGUCCCCGCCUUCCCGUAACUUCCUCCACCUGAUGAUGGUCGAACUAAACCCAUUCCAAGGAAGGGUUCUGUGGAGGGCUUUGAGCCCUCAGACAACAAGUGUCUGUUAAGAGCUAUUGAUCGGAAAAAGAAGAUCAGCACUGUGGUGAGCUCCAAAGAAGUGAAUAAGUUUCAGAUGGCUUAUUCAAACCUAUUGAGAGCUAACAUGGAUGGGCUGAAGAAGAGGGACAAAAAGAGCAAGAGUAAGAAGAGCAAAGCAGCGCAGUGAAGGGCACCAGGUUUCCUGCUUUCACCAGUUAACCACUGAAUUGCUAUUUUUCCUUUGGUUUUUACUUUUGGCCACAAAGCUGGGUUUCUGAUUCCUCUACAAUAACUGUUUUCAUGUGAGAUUAGGGUCAUUUUUGGAUGGAAGAAGGGCUGCAGUGUUUACAGG